AUGGACAACAUCCGGCUGGGACACCCGUUAAACUCGAGAGAAGGGGAAGAAAAUCAACCAGUUGCAGCUUUGACGAGACUAGGAUGGAUCGUUUACGGUCCAUGUUCUAUUGCUAACGCCGACCAGCGAAAACAACACGAUGAGACCUAUAGUUUUCACAUCUGUCAGUGCGAAACCCUUCAUGCAAUGGUUAAGGAGUUUUUCUCACUAGACAGCCUUGGAAUCCAGACUUCCAGCGGUUCCCUAAUGUCUAAAGACGAUGAGCGUGCAAUGGAGCUACUCAUGUCCAACACUUUACUGAAAGAGACUCGGUACGAAACAUCCCUACUAUGGAAAUUUGAUGAGGUCAAACUGCCAGAAAGCAAAACGAUGGCUCUAAAAAGAUUUCACUGUAUGGAGAAACGUAUGGCACGUGAACCUGAGAUGGCUACAGCAUUGCGAAUUAUGAUUCGGGACUAUGAGACUAAAGGCUAUAUAAGGAAAUUAUCAUCUGAGGAGGAAAAUGUGCCGAGAGAUCGUGCUUGGUAUUUGCCAAUAUUCCCUGUGACGAAUCCUAAUAAACCAACGAAAUUGCGAAUCGUCUGGGAUGCGGCAGCCAAAGCCCAUGGAGUAUCGCUAAAUACUUUUCUACUUAAAGGACCCGACCAGUUAACAUCCUUACCUGGAGUCCUCCAUCGCUUCCGGGAGUAUCGAAUAGCGGUUUCAGGAGACAUAUGUGAGAUGUUCCACCAGGUACAAAUUAACAAUGAUGAUCAGCACUGCCAGCGGUUUUUAUGGAAAAGUGGACCUCAAGAUCAAACACCAUCGGUGUACGUGAUGACUGUUAUGACGUUUGGUGCAACAUGCUCUCCUAGCUGUGCCCAAUACGUGAAAAACAAGAAUGCUGAACGUUUCGUGCACAAGAUGCCUGCGGCUGUCGAUGCCAUCAUUAACGAACACUAUGUGGACGAUAUGCUAUCCAGCGUGGAGACGGAAAAGGAAGCUGUUGAUCUUGCAACAAAUGUCCGCUUCAUUCAUGCACAAGCGGGAUUCGAGAUACGUGGAUGGCUUUCUAAUUCCAAUGAAGUGCUAGCUGCUUUAAACGGACCACAAACUUCGGAGAAGGAUCUGAACGUAAAUUCUCAGAUGGCAACCGAAAAGAUUCUUGGGCUGUGGUGGAAUACAAAGACCGACACUUUCACCUUCAGAUUUCCCAAGAGAGCAGAUGUGAAAUUGUUAUCCGGCCAGACAAUCCCUACGAAGCGUGAAGUCUUGCGAGUCCUGAUGUCCAUCUUCGAUCCACUAGGAUUUCUCGCCAACGUACUAAUGUACUUAAAAGUUCUUCUACAGGAGAUAUGGCGUGCCGGUACGGCAUGGGAUGAGCCAAUAGCUAAUGAUCAAUUCGUGAAAUGGCGUACGUGGCUUGGAGUUUUGACGAAGGUGGACACCGUUUCUAUUCCGAGGUGCUAUCGUGUCAAAACUUCAUCAAUGGAAUCAAAUAAACUGCAACUCCAUAUCUUCGUCGACGCGAGUGAAAAUGGAUUUGCAGCUGUCGGCUAUUUUCGAUUUGAAGAGCAAGGAGUAAUUGAGUGUGCAUUCGUGGCUGCGAAAACACGCGUUGCACCCCUGAAAUAUGUUUCCAUACCUCGACUGGAAUUGCAGGCUGCGGUGAUUGGAGCGCGGUUGGUAAAGACGAUAGCGGAACGUCAUCGCGUGACAAUCAAUGAACGAUUUUUUUGGACAGACUCGCGGGACGUACUCUGUUGGCUAAAUUCGGACCAUCGUCGCUAUAGCCAAUUCGUUGCAUUUCGUAUAGGAGAGAUUUUGGAGAAUACGGACGUUUCUGAAUGGCACUGGUUAUCAACGCAGAUGAAUGUGGCAGACGAAGGUACUAAGUGGCAAAAAUUACCAGAUCUUUCUCCGUCCAGUAGAUGGUUCCGUGGUUCGUCGUUUAUCUGGAUGCAUAAGCACGAGUGGCCAGAUCUGCGAGGACAUGUGGGAUCGACGUCAGUAGAACAGAGACACUCAGUGAAUCUCCAUCAACAUGAAGCAGUAUUGGUGAACUUUUCGGAUUUUUCCAAUUGGAAACGACUACUACGUUUGGUUGCUCUCGUGUUUCGUUUCACGCACAACUUAAAAGCCAAACUUAAUGGAACGUCACCAACUGUUAAAGCACUGCGAACCGAAGAACUUCAAAUUGCAGAAAGUUAUAUUUUUCGGCUAUAG